GGGCCGGGGAAUCCCGUGGUCUUCAAGAGUGUUAAGGGCAAGUUCCUGGAGUGGUAUCGUAAGACGCGUGCGUACCUAGUGGCAGUAUUCGGUGAGCAGUCAAGACGCGUGCUGGAGUGGGUCGAAGAUCAAGCUCAAGACACCACGCCGAUCACGAUCGAGACAGUCCGGCCCGCAGAGGGCGAGAUUUUUUCCAUCGUGCUCAACGCUCUGAGGGGCAAGAGGAGGGCGUUGCUCAGACGGGCCAUGACCCCUCUGCGCUCCACGCCCGCCGAUCUUCGCGGUGGGCUAGAGGGGCGGGAAGGACAUGUCCGCUUGUGCGAGAAGAGGAGGGCAGGCGGAAAUGCCGAGGGUGUCGAAGACGACGCGAAGAUGGCGGCGCAGGAAACAGUCGUGCCGGAGGAGUUGAAACUGCACCUGGCGAUGAAUAGGGCCAGGCUGGGCACGUCCGACAAGAUGCCCGACGAGAGCCCUGCG